GAAAAGGGUUUCUUUGGUUUGAGAAAGUGAAAGCGGGACUCUCCACUCUCCACGGCGCCAUUCCCAUUUUCCUCUCCGAGCUCCCAAUUCUAGUCUAACCUCUCGGAUCAACACAGCAGUGAGUACUCUUGCCCUCUUCUUGAUUCAUGUCUUCUUCCCGUUGCCGCUUUGUUCUUCAGUCUACUGUCUAAGUGUAGCUAGAGAAGGCACUCACAAGUCUCAUGAGCUGUGGAUGAUUUAGGCUUUAGUUAUCAAGUCAUUAAGUGGAUUGAUAGAGCUGGGUAUGAGAAUUUCACUAUGGAGAUGAAUGAUUGAGUUCAAGGGGCAAGUUGUAGUGGAUUUAGUGACUGUAUAAUUCAGGGAUUGUGUGUUCUUUUUUUUUUUUUUUUUGGUAAGAAGACCGACACCAAUGGUGUCUUCUACUUAAAGCAAGCAAAGGUUUGAUGGGAAGUUGGAACUUGAGAUGAGAGGGCGAUUAGGGUUUUCAAGGGAAUUUGAUGGAGGGGAUGGUAUUUUGGUUAUCUGUUCUUGAACUAUAUGAACUAAUGUUUGCUUGAUGGGUUUGUUGAUUUUCUUAGUCGUCUGCUUGUGUUGGAAUUUAAGAUCUUGGAGGUUAGUUGGAGAAUCAAUUCAGUCAGAUCAGAAUAAUACCAUUGUUUGAUAAUUCCACUUUAUCCAUGUCUCGUUGUGUUGAUGUGCAUCUGACUUUUGCUAAUCCGAACUUGAGUGUCCUGAGAUAGGGUUGGAUCUUUAUCGCGAUUCAGAUAAGUAAUGGUUAUAACUCAUGGAACCAGAAAUGAACUUAUAAUACUGCGUAUAAUUACAUAGUUUGUGAUUUGGUUAUUCGAGCUAAGUUGUUUGUAUCAAGAGAUGUUUCAGAGUGGUUCAAUCGUCUGAAAUGAUCAACUAUGAUCUGACAAAACUGCUGAUUAGGUACUUAACGGGCUAAGGCAUUUAAGGGCUGUCUGUACUCUUUUGCAUGAUUUCGCAGCCAGCGAUGGAGUCCAAUUCUUCCCGGAGAACGAGCAGAGAGUCCCGAGUAAUGGAUAAGGAGCCGCAGAAUAUAAUCGUCAAAGUGAUGUUCAUGGAUGGGAGCAGCAUCCUGUUCAGAAUUAAUCAAGCUACCCCAUUGCGGAGGCUGAUGCUAUCGUACUGUGACUGGAAAGAGCUGGUAGUUGACGAUGUUGAUUUUAUGCAUAAUGGCCGCCGUUUGCGUCGUGAUGAUACGGCUCAGAAGCUAAAUAUGACGGAUGGAGAUGUUAUCGAUGCGUUAGUGCACCAGGCAGGAUCUUAGCUAUAGCUGGGCUGGUAUGGAUUAAGAUUGUGAUACAUUAUUCUUGCCCUACGUGCCUCUGCAACCAUUGUUUCUGUUUCUUUCUCUUGCUUUAUGUGAUUAAGAGACUUCUCGUGUGGGUUUACGUUGUUCAGUGUUCUAUCUAUUUAUGUAGGGGUGGCUAUACGGUCCGGUUAAAUUGGACCAAAUUGAUCCGGUCUCAGUCCGGUCUUUUCGGGAAUAUAAGGACCAAAGAUUGGAUUGGAUACAAUCCGGUUUUGAUCCGGUCCAGUCUUGACCCGGUCCGGUCCCAAUUUUAUCUUGUUUUUAGGUGUUGGGGGUCUCUUAUCCGGUUUUUUACCUCAAAUCUAAGCCCGCAUAUGAGAUUGCAUUGUUUGCUAUCCGGUCCCAGUCCGGGUUAUACGGUCCGGUUUCGGGUAAAACCAAACAGUCCGGAACCAAAUAGCCAGCCCUGUAUUUAUGUGUAGAGGGUAUUUUCUUUGGGUAUCAGUGACUCGGAAGACAUUUCAUCUAUGUACAGCCCUCCUCUUUCCUUAAAACCUUAACAGGAUUGGUCUAGUCGCACCAGAGCGAUAACAUCCACCAUACAUUACGUAUUUUCUUCGUUGUAGCGAUUGGCUAUGAGCUGAAUGAGGUGAAUGGAAGAACAAGCGUAUAGCGUUGGUGGAAGUGCUUCAGCUUGGCAUAUGAUGCAACAUUAUCAAAGAGGCGUCCUUUUGGAGCAUUCGACCCCCCUCCUUUGAAGCAACUUGAUGCUUUCAAAGGCGCCGACACCCUUAAAUCAACUCGACAUAAUCUAGUUUUCGAUGAUAUUGUCCCUUGACCCUAGUGGAAGAAGCAUUAGAUUUGCUUGUUAUGAGUACCUACGUUAGGGUGGCAAAUCAACACGAGAAGAUUGAGAUAACAUGGAGAUCUUUCUAUAACGAAACAAUUACUAUAAGUAACUAGCUUUGCUCUCAUCAUUGGCCGGGUAAUUUUGUAUUGUUAUUUACUAGUCACAGGCUCGAUCAGUUGGUCGGAUUCAGUCGCAAUAACGUAAACAACAAAAGUAAAUUGUAUGCGAGUUACACAUUUUUUGGUAGUAUAAUAAAACCUGAAUUAUUCAAAUGCUCGAAACAUUCAAAUUGAUUGGUAUAAUAAGAGAAUCAAAAUUAUUAAAUACUUAAACAAUCCAAAAGGAUCACCAUCACACUAUUCUCCGACAUUUGAAUAACUCAACGACUUAAAUCAUUUUGCAAAAAAAUGAAAGACAAACCCUAUGCAAGGAACCGACUCCUAAAGACAUUUUCAAAUCACCCUUCUAAAAUUAAUAGUGUCUUCAUUUCCAUUAGUGAUACGUAUAUUUGCAUUAUCAAUUGUCUCUUCAUUCUUCUCUUACACUGCGGAGAAUAUUUCUUCAAUAUAAUGCAUAAAAUCACAGUCACACCAAUUAUGUUUUUAUGUAAAAUCAAAUUAUCUUCUUACCUUACUACUUCAAUCUCUGAAAUAGUUGAUUUUGUCGCAACAUCCUACUAUUUAAUAUUCUUAGUCGGCAAUCAAUCAAUGAUUUUGAU